AUGACAGACUCAGCAACAUCACUGCCAAAAGGUACUAAGCUAUGGCUAUUGGACCUCGGUCACCUUGACAUUGAUGCUGCUGUGGUUUUUUCCGGUACCAAUAUAUUUCCAGCUCAUCUUCCACCUCAGCAGCAUGAGAGACGAGACCUGGUCAUGAUCGCGGCCUUGCUAUAUCACCCUGACGUCGGGCUCAUCCUCUUCGACACGGGGUCUUGCGAAAAUGUUAUUGCCAGUUGGGGGAAAGAGUCUCUAGAAUGCACCCCAAGAAUCUGGGAUAAGAACGUUCACGGACUACCGGAGGCUAUCAAUGCCACGGGAGCUGGAGAUAUCUCCGACGUCAAGGCUGUCGUAAUCAGUCACUUGCACUGCGAUCACGCUGGAGGACUAGAGCAUUUCAUAGACUCCGAUGUGGAAAUCUGGUGUCACGAAGAAGAACUCAAAAACGCGUUCUGGACUACGGCGACAGGUAUUGAGCAAGGCACAUACCGGCCUGACUAUCUCAUGGUAGACCGAUUUAAUUGGAAGACGUUCUCCGGAACGACUUUUGAGCUUUUUCCGGGGUUCAAUCUGCAUCGGUGCCCAGGCCACACUCCUGGUGGAAUUGUGGUGGACUUGGAUCUCGAGGAGACUGGCUGCGUCAUCCUUACUGGCGAUAAAUUUCACAUUGCCGAGAAUUACGAGCUGGGAAACCCCCCGGGGGCGAUAACUCGAGAUUUCAACGCCUGGCAUCGUAGCCGCCAGUACAUCCAAAAUUUAGUACAGAAGAAGAAGGCAAAAGUGGUGUUGGGACACGACGUGGCCUAUUUCCGAGCUCUGAAGGCGAACCCAGGAUUCAUUCAGUAG